CACCGGGCACGCAGCACCGCAGGUCAACGUCGGACGCGUCGCCAUGGACUUCACCGCCGUCGUGGCCGUCGUGGCCUUCUGCUUGUUCUUGUACUACUCGACGCGGAAGCCGCCCAACUACCCUCCAGGCCCUUUCCGCAUGCCAAUCGUCGGCACGCUCUGGAGAACCCACCUCAAUAUGUCAAUUCCAAUCACAGAACGACACAGGAACAUGAUAAAGAUCUACGGAAAGGUCCUGGGCACCUACAUCAUGUCAAACCCGUCUGUUCAUAUCGCCGACUUCGACUUGGCCAAGGAGGUGUUCAACAAGAGAGAAUCCACCGGACGGCCGAAGAUCGACAUCGCUCGAAUCCGGACUCACGGGAAACUGAGAGGUGUGCUGCUGAACGAGGGGCCCUCGUGGCUGGCGCAACGGCGCUUCGCACUGCACCACCUGCGUGACCUCGGUCUGGGUCGGACCUCGCUGGAGGUCAUCGUGCAGCGUGAGAUCGACACCAUGGUGACCCGCAUCGACACUCUGGGCAGCCAACCGCUUAAGGUCAACGGCCUGUUCAACGUGCACAUCGUCAACGUGCUGUGGGAGAUAGUGACGGGCAAGACAUUCGACCACGACGACCCGAGGAUGCACCUGAUCAUGAACUCGCUGACGCUGUUCCUGCGGAGCACCUCCGACCUGAAGGGCGUGCUGCGGCUCUUCCUUGGCUCUGUGUACCAGCCGGCCGGCGGCCAGAUGUACGCGGCCACGCUCGAGGCGCGCGACCAGCUCACCAAACUGUUCCAGCAUGAGAUUAAGGAGCACCGAGCGUCUCUGGAUCCCAAGCAUCCGCGGGACUUCCUCGACAUCUACCUCAUCAAGAGUGACGAGGAAGCGCAAACAUCAACCGAGUUUGAUGACUGGGCGUUGUACGCCAUGCUGCAGGACCUCUUCCUGGCGGGCAGCGAGACCACGAGCACCACGACCGAGUGGGUGGUGCUCUUCCUGCUGCGCAACCAGCCGGCGCUGAAACGCGUGCAGGCCGAGCUGCGCGCGCUGGUCGCGCUGGACGAGCGUGUGCAGCUGCGCCACCGCCCCAACCUGCCCUACACGGAGGCCGUGCUGGCCGAGACGAUGCGGAGAGGGACAGUAAUACCGCUCGCCAUCCCGCACCGCGCCAUCGAGGACAUCCACGUGGCAGGCUACACCAUUCCCAAGGGCGCCUGGAUCCACCCGAACGUGCACGCCAUCCACCACGACGACGACUACUGGGGCGAUCCGGACACCUUCCGGCCGGAGCGCUUCAUGGCCGGCGACAAUUUCGUGCCGGACAAACACCUGAUUCCCUUCGGCAUAGGCAAGCGAGCGUGCAUGGGCGAGUCUAUGGCGCGCCAUGAGAGCUUCCUGUUCAUGGCGAACCUGCUGCACAAGUUCGACAUCACGGCGCCGCCGGGCGAAGGCCCGCCGCCGCUCGUGUUCGACCAGGGCGUGGUGGUUGGUCCCGGACCGUUCCGAGCGUGCUUCAGGCGGCGGACCUAGCGGGGAGGACCAGAAGACCUGGGUG